CUCAUCGUAAUCCGCGCUGCCCUUUUGACUGAGCCUCUCCGCUGUCUUUUUGUCUCUUUUCUUCUUCCUUCCUCACCACGGCCUAUCCAACUACCACAGUCCUUACAGUCCUUUUUGCACAUCGGUUAAUUUCUCAUCCUCAACCCACAGUCAUUCUUUAGAGAUACUCGUCUGCGAAAUCGACUUUCGCUCGCUACUCACUGUCUAUAUCGAAAAGCUGCUCAACCCAACCGCAAAUCGAAACCCCGCACAAAUAUCACUCGUUGUAAAUUUGAAAAAGAAGCGUUCAGUGCUCUGCAAGUCAAAUAAACCUGUGUAUCCAUAGCACUACAUAUCUCCCACCUAAUCAACAACCCACUCAAUCAACAUGAAGUUCACCACCACCUCCGUCGCCGCCUUCGCUGGUUUGGCUGCUGCCCACCAACAUGCUCCUCACUUCCAACACCGCAGACAAUUGAACGGUACCGGUAUCUCCACCACUUUGACCAUUUUCCAAACUCAGGUGCACACCAUCACCAGCUGCGCUCCUUCAGUCACCAACUGCCCAGCACGCAACUCCGCAUCUGGCGGUAUGGUUGUCACUGAGGUCGUUCCAAUUACCACCGUAAGUAUGAGUAAAGAAGAAUUGUUAAACUCUAUAUUGACAAAAUUAUAGACUGUCUGCCCAGUUUCCGAGGCUUCAUCGCUCAGCUCCUCCAUCGCUUCAUCAGCUUCCGCCUCUGCAAGCCUUUCAUCUGCUAGCGCAUCAAGAACCAGCGCAAACUCAGGAGCCACCAUCACCCCAGGCAUUCCUCUGUCCACCGGUACCCCAUCCGGACCUGGACCAAACCCAGGAUCCCCUCAAGGUCCUCAAUCCGAUACCACUCUUACCUACACCAUCGGUACCGGUACAUCCACUACCGUUGUGACCACCACCAUCAAGCACACCUCAACCUCCGUUGUGUAUGCUACCAAGCCAGCCAACAACGGCGGUAACCAAGAAGCUGCCACCGCUAUUGAGGACACCACCACCCUCAGUGGAACUUCCACCUCCACCAGAUACAUCACGGUUGUCCCAGCGCCAACUGGUGCCACCGAUGGUAACUCUGGAACUCCAUCCAACCCAUCCAACCCAGGCAGCAACCCAUCCAACCCAUCCAACCCAGGUAGCGGAUCCAACCCAGGAAACGGUGGUGGUCUUGAAGGUGGUGUUACCACCUGUGUUCCUGUUACAGUUACCGUUGCUCUCUCCACCGUCACCGUCGUAAGUUUUGACAUCUCGCUCAAAAUCCAAACAUGCAACUAACAUGGAGUAGUAUGCCACCGCAACUCCAGCACCCAACAACGGAGGAGCCAACUCUGGAUCGACCACUCCAGGCUCUAACACUGGCUCCAACUCUGGAUCUAACUCUGGAUCUAACAACGCAGGAUCUAACUCUGGGUCUAACAACGGAGGAUCUAACUCUGGAUCCAACAACGGAAACGGUGGAGUCAACUCCAUCGCUGCUGAUGACAGCGUCGUUCUCUCCACCGCUACCGUUGUUCCUAUCCCAGUGAUCACCCCAGUUGGCCCAUACGGAAACGGUACCGCCGUUGCUGCCACCAAGACCCCAUGCUCAUCCGUCUUCCCAUCCGGAUUCGUCUCCAAGGCCAAGGCCACCGGCACCGGAUCCCCAAUCCUCAGAUUUUAAAGCAGUACCAAUGAACUUGGGAUGAAUUUGUAAAGUUUUACGUGUUAUUUAAUCGGGGGGGGCGCAAAAGUGGUCGUGUUAGGAGUUGGUAUAGACAAAGCUCAGGACGUAGGAGGAGGAGAAAAAGGGAUCCUUGCGCCAAGGUCCGCGGAGACGAUAUUACAUUUCUUGCCGGCGCUCAGAAUUGGGAAUUCGAAAUCUCGAUUUCGCAAUUCCUCUUCUGUGUGCAUUUUAUUCUUUCUUUUGUUUUAUAGUUACUUAUUUCCUUUUAUUUUGCUACCUUUUUUUUAUAUUUAUAUCUUACGAACAUUUUUUGAUGGGGAAUGAUUAUUGGCGCAAAUAAGUCAUGGAGGAACCACUCGCAAUAUAUACCUCACGAUCCAUAGCAUAUACUGUCUUUUUACAUACCAAGAUCCCUCUUCUUUUUCUCCCCAUCGCAUGCGCGAAGCCGGAUGGCCUAUCUACAAGGCUUUGACAAUUUUUCCUUACAUUUUUCUUCAAGAAAAGAAUCGUGGCGGUGGUUAGAUUUUGU